UGUCCCACUGUUGUUGCAUUGAACCCCCACUGUUCGGCAACAUCAAUGUGUUUGAGUUGGGUUGGGUCAGUGUCCCUGGCAGCAUCCUCAGCAGUGCCCCAGCCAAUGACCUUGGCACAGCCCCAGUCAAUGACAUACACCUUGUUGUUUUUGACGCACACAUUCCCUGGCGAGAUGUCCCUGUGCAGGAUACCAAUGUCAUUUGCCUGGGCAAGACACAGGGUCAGCUGGUCGACAAAGCCAGGAACCAGCUCAUCUUUCUGAUUGUCAGUCUUGACUUUCAGA